AAGACUUUUGAUACCGUAAUACCAAAAGCUGCUGCAUUGAAUGUUGAAUUGAAUGACGCAACACGUGAUAGUCUAAGGUGCAUCCGAGACUCAUUACAAGAGGAAAUUGUCCUCAAUCGAACAAAUAUUAAAAAAUGGUUGGCUGAUCUUAAAACUUUUGUAGUAGAAUUAGAUGAUGAUUAUAAAGUUCCAUCAGAAGAAAUUUUUGAAAAUGAUUUAGGCACUUCCGUAGUUCAACCGUUAAGAUGUAAAUAUGAUGAAUUAUUCCAUGCUGUGACCGGUAGACGUGAUGCGUUCGAAGAGUCUGCAAUCAAACUGCAUUAUUAUUGGGAUGCGCUUAACCAUGCUCCCCAAGAUGAAACAGAUAAAGCAUUAUGCGAAUUAUUUAAUGAUAAAAAAAAUCCAAAGGAUAUUUAUGAAGCACUACUAGCUUCUCUUGAAAAUAAGAACAUUACUAGUGAUUUUGAUCAAUGUCAACAAGAAAUUGUUGACUUACCACGCGAAUAUGUAUAUUAUACCCCUCAACUUCCAUCUGGAUUAAAAUUAUCUCCAGAAUGUUUAACCAUUCUUAAAGAAAAAUUACUUAUUCUUGAAAAAGAUUUUGAGACUCGUAAAAAGAAAAUGACUACUAUGCAAAAAGAUAUAAAAUGCCUAUAUAAGGAAUUGAGUGUUCCUUCAGAAGAAAGAAUCGAAUUGACUGAUUCUCUUGAUGAAAAAUAUUUGGAACAGAAAGCUAUCGAAGAAUAUACUGCUCAAUUAGUUGAAUUAUGGGACAAAUGUCUCGUUCCUCAAUUUGAACGGGAUGAAUUCUUUGACAAUGUACACAAACUCAAUUCUUCGGAAGAUGUUUACGAAUUGCUUUCUCAUGAAGUUGCACGCUUACAAGAACUUUAUGCUAAAUGUGCAAAGAUUUACAGGCUGAUGUUAGAAAGACGUGCAUUGAUCGAGAAAAUGACAGAGUUUGAGAAAAAAGCAUCAGACCCACGUCGUCUCUUCCAAAGCUCUUUCCGUUUAUUGGAAGAAGAAAAGUGGCGAAAGUCAUGCUGGCCCACUUUGGUCAAGAUUGAAGAUCAAUUAAUUAAUGCGUGUAUCACUUAUGAAGAGAGUCAAGGUCACGAUCAAAAUCAGCCAAAUAUUAUUAAACGCAAGGAUAGUCAACUCAUCAAUAAAGCUUCACCUAGCCGACCAGUAUCACCAACUGCUUCUGUAAAUGGCUCCCGAAGAAAUUCCCGAAUAAUCAGUCGACCAGCAUCACCAACUAAUUCUGUAAAUGGCUCUCGAAGAAAUUCCCGAAUAAUCAGUCGACCAGCAUCGCCAACUAAUUCUAUAAAUGGCUCGCGAAGAAAUUCCCGAAUAAUCAGUCGACCAGCAUCUCCAACUUCUUCUAUAAAUGGCUCGCGAAGAAAUUCGCGGAUACUUAGUAGGCCUGCUUCGCCUACAAGGUCUAAUGCCCCAUCACGUUCUGGAUCACCCGUGAGAACAAAACGUAGUAGUUUGUACCUGCCUAAUUCAGGUGUUCCAUCACGUGCUGCAUCACCCGUGAGAUCAAAACGAAAUAGUUUAUAUUCUGCAAAUUCAAGUGCCUUAUCACAAGCUGCAUCACCUGUAAUAUCAAAACGUAGUAGCUUAUACGUGACUAAUUCAGGUGUAUCAUCGCGUGAUCAAGUAUGGCGCAAACCAAUAAAAAAUUAA